CAGGGAAGGCAUUCAGUGAGGCAUCCCUGUCAUGAGCUGCAUACAGGGUUGUAAAUGUUAUUACUUCUGAGGAGAUACUUUUCCCAUGGUAGUGUUUUGUGUAAGAAAAGGCUAUAUUGUGCUGCAUAUCAACACUUGAUUUUCAAUAGGAAUCAAAGCACUGUCAAAAUGAAACCAGGGCUGUUAGCUGUCACACAAAUGACAGCAGUUCAGGAUAAAGAGACCAAUUUAAAGACAUGUAUUGAUUUGGUACAACGAGCAGCUGCAGCUGGUGCAAAGAUGGUGUUCUUGCCUGAAGCUUGUGACUACAUAGCUGAGAGUAAGGAAGCUUCACUCCAACUUGCUGAACCCAUCCAUGGGCCUCAGGUUACAAGAUACAGGGAGCUUGCUGCUUCUUCAUCUGUGUGGUUAUCACUGGGAGGCAUUCACAUUAAGGAAGAAGGUGAUGAGAAGAUCAGCAAUACACACAUCAUAAUAAAUGACAAAGGAGACAUUGUAUCUACCUACACAAAGGGGCACUUGUUCAGCGUUCACAUCCCUGAGAAGAAGCUUCACUUAGAAGAAUCUAAUUAUGCAACACGAGGCCAAGCAAUUAAUCCUCCUGUUUCUACUCCAGUAGGAGAGGUGGCUCUUGGGAUAUGUUAUGAUAUGAGAUUCCCAGAGAUGAGCAUGAUUCAACGAAAGCUUGGUGCUGAGAUCUUGACAUUCCCUUCUGCAUUUACUGUGACAACAGGGCUAGCUCACUGGGAGGCUUUGUUAAGAGCACGAGCUAUAGAAAGCCAGUGCUAUGUCAUAGCUGCAGCUCAGACAGGCCAACAUAAUAGCAAAAGAUCAUCAUAUGGGCAUGCCAUGAUUGUAGAUCCUUGGGGAGCUGUGAUUGGGCAAGCAAGUGAGGGAACAUGUUUCUUUCUUGCGGAAAUUAACCUGGACUACCUACAGAAGGUCAGGAAAGAGAUGCCUGUCUUGACACACAGGCGGCAUGAUUUGUACAACCUAGAGCAAGUUACCCCACCACACACUCCCCAUGUGUGUCAACUACUUCCUCAGCCAAGUCCAUAUGUAACUUACCAGUUUGGCCAAGUCUCAGUACCAGGAUCAUGCGUGUUCCUAAAGUCAAGACUCUCCCAGGCAUUUGUGAAUAAAAAGCCUGUUGUACCCGGACAUACACUUAUUACGCCUGAAAAGCCCAGCAAACGCCUGGCAGAUCUCCUUCCUGCAGAGGUCAGCGAUGUGGCCCAAAUGACGCAGAAAACUCUCAAGAUCCUUUUAAAAGCCUACAAUCCCACGAGCUAUCAGAUUGGGAUUCAGGAUGGUCCAUCUGCAGGCCAGACUAUUGAUCACCUGCACAUGCAUCUUCUGCCCAUGACACCUGGAAGCAUAGAGAAACUUCAAGGGCAUGAACAGGAUAGGAGUAUUCGAUGGAGGGAGACAAGUGAGAUGGAAGAGGAAGCCACAAGACUCCGGAAUGUAGCUGCGGAUAUCCACUCUAGUCUUAGCAUACCUGUUGAUACUCCAAAAUGUCUGAAGCUGCAGAAACCAGUCUUGCCUGACAGCAGUGCCAUAAACAUUCCACCUGAACUCUUAGUUGUCAAGACUGAAUUAUCGUGUGCCUAUUUUGCGCCCCAUCCUGUACUACCAGGGCAUGUUUGUGUUAGUCUCCAAGACAAAUGUAGAGACUUUAGUGAAGCCAACUGUAAUCAGCUCACAGACUUACUGCUGACAGUUCAGUUGGUCCAGAAGAGUGUUGAAAGCAAUUUUGGUGUGGAUUCUUCAACUGUAAUGUACAUUAGUGGCAAGAAUCAGUCAGGAGAUGGAGAGCUACUUCGGUUCCACAUAAUUCCAAGAUGCGAGGGAGAUCUGCCAAGGAAUGAUGACAUAUACACUGCUAUACAUAAUUACUGUCAUAGUUCUUUAAAGCCAGAUGCUACAGAGGAACUCAAGUCUCAAGCAGAGCAAUUAAGAAAAAAGUUAUACGAAGCCAACUAAAUUUACAAUAUACUGAUAUGCAAUUUUGUGAUUGAUAGACACCAGUAAUUUUGUAAUUUUAAUGUUAGUCUUUUAAUUAAAUUGUUGAUAUUACAAUAUUAUCUUUUAAAUUGCUGAUAUUACAAUAUCAAGAUGUUUGGUGUUUUAACAAACAAAUAUCCACAAUAUUCUUCAAAUGUAAUUUGAAAAUCACAGAUUAAUGAAUGGGUUUAACUUGUCUCAGACAGUAGCUGUAUCUAAAUAAAG